CCCCGGGCCCGCGCCGCCCUCGCCGGGCGCGAGCCGCCCGCGCGCCCGCUCUCCGCACCCGCCGCCGCCGCCGCCGCCGCCGCCGCCGCCGCCAGGCGCCCCGGCCGCCGCCCGCGCUUCAUGGCUGCGCAGGAAUGGGACUGGUUCCAGCGCGAGGAGCUCAUCGGGCAGAUCAGUGACAUCCGAGUCCAGAACCUGCAAGUGGAAAGGGAGAAUGUACAGAAGAGGACUUUUACUCGGUGGAUAAAUCUACAUCUGGAAAAGUGCGACCCACCUCUAGAAGUUACAGACCUAUUUGUUGAUAUACAAGAUGGCAAAAUCCUAAUGGCAUUGUUAGAAGUCCUGUCUGGGCAAAAUCUGCUGCACGAGUACAAAUCCUCAUCGCAUCGUAUUUUUCGUUUGAACAACAUAGCGAAAGCACUGAAGUUUUUGGAAGACAGCAAUGUGAGGCUGGUCAGCAUUGAUGCAGCGGAGAUCGCCGACGGCAACCCCUCCCUGGUGCUCGGGCUCAUAUGGAACAUCAUCCUCUUCUUCCAGAUCAAGGAGCUCACGGGCAACCUCAGCAGAAGCUCCCCAUCUUCCAGCCUGUCACCUGGCUCGGCGGGCACAGAUUCAGACUCCUCCUAUCCACCGACCCCCACCACCGAGAGGAACGCGGCGCUCUCCGUGAAAGACCAGAGGAAGGCCAUCAAGACCCUGCUGGCAUGGGUGCAGAGGAAAACCAGGAAGUAUGGCGUGGCGGUGCAGGAUUUUGCCGGCAGCUGGAGAAGCGGGCUGGCUUUCCUGGCUGUGAUCAAGGCCAUCGACCCCAGCCUGGUGGACAUGAAGCAGGCCCUGGAGGAGUCCAUGCGGGAAAAUCUCGAGAAGGCAUUCAGCAUUGCCCAUGAUGCCCUGCACAUCCCCAGGCUUCUGGAGCCGGAAGACAUCAUGGUCGACACGCCAGAUGAGCAGUCUGUGGUGACUUACGUGGCCCAGUUCCUAGAGCGCUUUCCAGAGCUGGAACCCGAAGACUUUGUGGAUGCUGAUAGAGAAGCGCCCAUAGAGUCCACCUUUGUCCGCAUCACAGAGACCCCUUCCGAACAGGAGAGCAAGAUCCUCCUCCUGGCUGAGAACGGGGAGCGUGCGUACACCGUCAACCACGAGUCCAGCCACCCGCCGCCGGCUAAAGUGUUCGUCUCUGACCAGCCUGAGAGCGUGAAGGACUUCGGCCUGGGCACCGUGUCCCAGCUGGAACGUGCCAACAGCAACACCGACUUCAUGCACCAGAUCGUCGACCAAGUCCUCCAGGAUGUCCCCGGCCGGGCGGAUGCCACCAGCGAGCCAGCGCCAGAUUCCUCCAUCCUGUCCACUAGGAAGGAGAGCCGGAGGGCCACCUCCCUGCCCAUCAAGAAGAGUGUCCACUUCGAGGCCGACACUUACAGGGAUGCGUCCUGCAGCAACUACAACCCAGACUCACGCUUGGAAGGGAACCAGCGAGCCUCCAAGGAGCUGCCGAAACCCGAUGGACGUGGCUUCUUUGCGGGGCCGACCGAGGAGAAGAAGCCAGACCCGGAAGCCAGUCCCAUCCCAGAGGCCCCCUCCGACAAAGCCCCCCGGGACACGGCUCUGCCAGACGCUCCAACCUCUCCGGCUCCCCAGGGCUCCCCGUUCUGUAACGGCACCUUAGAAAGUCCACCCGGCUAUGGGGAGGAAAGUUCUCGCCUGCCCCUGGACACCAUCAUGGCCGAGUCCUUGGAGAUCAAGGUGAAGCUGCUGACGGUGGAGGCCAUGAACAAGGACGAUUACUUUGAAGGCAUUCCGUUGAAGGCCUCGAAAUUUAACAGCGACCUGGUGGACUUGGCUUCCACCAGCCAGGCUUUCAGUGAGUGCCCUUUGCCCCGCGACCAGUCACCUGGCGAGAGGGAGGAGGAAGAGGAGGAGGAAGGGACUGAGAGUUACGCUGAGAAGCUGAAGAAGAGGAGAGCCAAGGCUGCUCACGCCAAGCUAGAGUCACCAGCACCCCAGGAGAGCAGCAAUGAGGACAAACCCCCCAAGGACUCAGGCCCGGAAGCUCAGGGCCGCCAUGGCGUGGCUGGGGAAGAGGCCCCCGCAGAUAAAAAGCCGGAGGUCUAUGAAAAGGCCAAGAAGAAGUCCACACGGCGUGGGAGCGAGGACGAUGCAGAAGCGGAAGCCCUGGUGGGGCUCGGCGCAGAACUGCUGUCCAAUCCCCCGAGCGCCAACAUCAGCUUGGAGACCCUGAGGAGCCACAGUGAAGAAGGCCUGAACUUCAAGCCUUCCCCGCCCCUCUCGAAGAUCUCCGUCAUCCCCCACGACCUCUUCUACUACCCGCACUACGAGGUGCCCCUCGAGGCCGUGCUGGAAGCGUAUGUGGAAGGCCCGGAGGGGCUGAAGAACGAAGAGGACAUGGAUCUGGACGAGCCCGAGGGGUAUCUGCACGGUCUGGACUCCAGGGAGGAGGCCUACAGCUCCCAGAGCAGCUACAGCUUCUCAUCGCCCGACGAGGGCCAGCCCAGUGCCAGCCGCCUCGUGCCCUGUGCCGACAGGGCUGACGAUGGGGCUACCACUGCGGGCAUCCUACCCGUCCCCCGAGCUCCCCACGAGGACCACCAGCCACGGGAGACCAAAGAGAGUGGCCCUAAGGAGAGCCAUCAGGCCCAAGACUCCACCAAGUCUGGAAACAUAGCGAGCCCGUUAGAAACCAAAGUAGCAGGCGAGUCCACCAGCAGUAAAAAGAAAGAGAAAAGAAAGCACGUGGACCACGUAGAAACUUCCUUCUUUGUAGCGCCUGGGACCGUGCGGUCCUCGGAUGACCUUGAAGAUGACUCUGGGGAGCACAGAGUCCCUUCCAGGACUAGCCACAGUGAUUCCAGCAUUUACAUUCGGCGGCACAGUAAUAGGUCUUUGGAAACGGACCAUUUUAGCUAUGUCCAAUUGAGGAAUGCAGCAGAUCUGGAUGACAGGAGGAAUCGAAUGUUAAACAGGUACAAUGCUCAGAAGCUCACUGAGCUCAUUUUACAGUUCUAUGGCAUCAGAGCAGACAUGAAGAGGGAAUGCAAACAUACCAGGAUGUCUAUGAAAGGGGCCAACCACUCUGGAGAAGCCACGCAGGGGAGCCCCAGCCCGCAGAGUGACUCUUUGACCCAGCUGGUCCAGCAGCCAGAUGUGAUGUAUUUCAUUCUCUUCCUCUGGCUCCUGGUGUACUGCCUGCUGCUCUUCCCACAGCUCGAUAUGAACCGGCUCUGAUGUGCGUGUCUGGAGAAUAAAAAGACAGGACCCCAAGCAGGGGGUGGGAUCUUU